GGCAACUUUGCAAUCAUCCUUUUCACAGAUAUAAGUCUCUCUCUCUGAUUGUGUAACUUCUAUUUAUCAAGAUACUACUGUCCCACUUUUUCAACAGGUUUCUCUCUGUUUGUGUGACUUCUACUUAUAAAGUUCUCUAUUGACUCGGUAAAUUUAAUGCAUGGAGAGAAGAUUACAUGAAGUUACUUGCAUCCUGAGGGGAUUGGGCAAAAUUUUGAAUGCCUCUUUGGAUUCGCAACUCCAGGAACUUUCCUGGGCGUGGCGUGUGUCUACUGUGCGACAAUCACUCUUCGAAAGUCUGAGUUCGUGUUCAAAUCCACCCUCUACUGCGGAUAUACGUAACUGUGCUUCCUACCUUGUCGACAGGACUAAGCUCAUAUGUGAGCAGAAUACAAUUAUCCUGAGAAGACUUUUGAUUUCAUACACUGCUUCGAAUCCGUCCGAAUCGAUGGCUAAUUCUUCUGAUUUUGGUGACACAAGUCAUACGUCACUGGUCGUACCCCACUCCAUAAGCACUCCAACCGAGUCUGGGAAACUCUCUUCUCCUGAUGCGCUGUUUGAUGGGGGUGAGAAGUCACCUAAUCAGCAGAACGGAAGAGCAGAUCCAUUCCCGUUGUCGAAUUUACCGGAUGCUUUAGUGAAUCCGACCUCCAAGCAACUCGACACAGCUAAGGAACGCCGUGUCCCUUCAUCGCGUAUCGGCCGAGUUGUUGGUUUCGGAAAUCUCGUUGUUGGACUCGGCCUAAGUGCCGCAACAGAAUGGACGAAGCGCAAAGUUGGGUUUUCUGGAUCUUCCAAGGACAGCCCUGAGGAACACAAUAAUCCAUUUCUUACUGAUGAAAAUCUGGAGCGCAUAGUGGACACCUUGUGUCGGAUGCGUGGGGCUGCCCUUAAACUUGGUCAGUUGCUCAGCAUCCAAGCUCAUUAA